GUGGAAGAGAGGGUUCGUAUAUAUACGCGAAAUAGACCACACUAAUAUUGCCUAUGUCGGUACAUCACAUCAGAUCAAUCAGCCUAAGGGCGCCGCAUGAUGGGAGGCUGGCUCUCAACCGCCAGAAUCCCAUGGAGUGACCAGAGCCAGCUCAGGGGUUCCAAUCUGUUCACGACACAGGUGUUUUCCACGUUGACGCUAGCACCUACACUUGAAGAGCUGUGCUCAGACGACGAGGAUGUUGGAGAGGAUGGCGAGAGGGACGGUUGGGACACUUCGGAUUCUAAUGACGAUGACGACGAGGAGGAGUCGUUGCGCCGGGGGCGGGAGCUGAGAAGUAGCCCACAUAGCUGGGUGUACGAAGAAUCAAAGUCACGGCUUGAGAACCGUCGGCCAGGGCUUUUAUUGGAGCUUGUUUGGCUGGUAGGGGGACUGGCUGGUACUCUUGACGCUCAGCAAAGCAACUAAAUGAAGGGUGAUGUGGUUCACUCAUCUUGCGUGGAACAAAGAAAUAGGUUAUUGGAACGAUGUGCUGUAUUUCAUUGUGUUUCGUGGUUCGAGCCAACAAUGCCUUUGUCAAAGUGGCUUCAUGUUGAACUUAGUAGUGUGGAAGCAAUCCAACCAUGUUCUAAGCUGCGUGAGAAACGAUGGGGACAAGCUAAAAGGCAGGUCAAACUGGGACCUGCUAGAUCGUCAUUGAUACCUCUGUCAAAAGAAGAUGGAGAGAUGGGCCGGGUGGAAGGCCAAAGUCUAACCAGGAGCAACUGUCAAUCCUG